AUGUGCGUCACGUUCACCAAAGCCCUGGACGUCCCGAGCGCGGGGCUGGACCGGCAGGAGCACCAGGCGUUACUCCGCGCGUGUCUGCACGACGGGCGAGAUUACAUAGGGAACGUGGUGACGAUCCCGGGGCGGAAGACGCUCGACGCGGGGGUGCCGUCGUGGCGAUUCGGAGAGACGGGACCGAACGGCAAACCCGUCGCGCCCCCCGACGCGUUUCAUCUGCUCAUGCGUUCGGACCGGAAGAAGAACGCGAACGUUCGCGGCGGCGCCGCGGACGUGAUGCUGCACGUGGAGCUGAACGUCGUCCCCGCCGCGGGCGCGGACGACGAGGUGGAGAACGACGAGGCGAGAGCCGCGAGCGCCGCCGGAUUCGACGCGGUUGACGAGUUGGCGGCGAAGCGACGAUCCGCCGUCGUGGAUGAAAUCUGCGUCGCGUGGGGCCGCGUGCCCUGGCCGGACGACCUGAGAGAGGGGUCGAGCUUCGUGGACGUGCCGCUCCUCGGCGCGGACGUUCACGCGCCGAUGCGAUUGGAGCAGUCCGCGGCGGCGGGACGCGCCGCGGCGUCGAUGUGGCGAAGGCAGACGGCGACGGGGAAGAAGCUUCAACGCGGGCCGACGUUGUGCGUCAAGGCGCAGAUGCUCAACUUUAAGCAGUCCGAGCUCGCGAACAAGCUCCCGAGGGAGAUUUUGUGCCCGUGCGCGAUGGUCCCGGUGCUCGCGACGUACCGAGAGAUCGCCGCGGUGGAGGCGUUGCACGCGGCGCGCGAGCUGUAUUCGAACUCGUGCUCGCCAUCGCUGCGGUUACUCCCGACGCUCUUCGCGGACGACAUGAUCCGCGACGAGUUCAUGGAGGUGUGGCGGCGGAUGAGCGCGCGUUGGUCCCCCGCGCAGCUUCGCGAGCCUCAGGCGCGUUCUAUCUCACACUGGUCCCCAUACGACCGCGUCGGCGUGGUGAACGCCCGCCGAAGAGACGUCCUGGAGGGUCUGUGCCUCAAGUUUUGGCCGCUGUUGCACUCGCACGCGAUGCCGAAGGUGCCCACGGCGGGCAACUACAGCGCGAGUUUACACCGAAGACGCGUCGUGAAGGGGUACGCGGAUCAGCAUCCGGUGACGGCGAUGAGUCGCGCCGCGGACGAGUGGCUGCACCGGCCGUUCGACGUCGCGGAGCUCGCGCAUAACUUCUCCGACCUCGGCGAGGCGUACGUGUGA